AUGGAGGCCUCGGACUCGGACGUGCGGCUGUGCGGCUACCUGCGCAAGCAGAAGUCCCACCGGCGGCGCUUCUUUGUUCUGCGCUGCGCCAGCGACCGUGGCCCGGCGCGGCUGGAGUACUACGAGAGCGAGAAGAAGUUCCGGGCGCAGCCGCCGCGUCCCAAGCGGGCCAUCCCGCUCAGCAGCGCCCUCAACGUCAACAAGCGGGAGGACGCCCGGCACCGGCACCUGGUGGUCCUCUACGGCCGGCAGGGCACCUUCGGGGUGGCCGCCGAGAGCCCCGAGGAGCAGCAGGCCUGGUACGCCGCCAUGGUGGAGCUGCGCAACAAGGGACUGGGGUCCCCCGGGGGGUCCCCCUCGGACGCGUGCUCGGCCCCGUGCCCCCCGUCCUUCUCGGAGGUGUGGCAGGUGAGCCUCCGCCCGCGGGGCCUGGGCCACUCGCGCCACCUGGCCGGCUCCUACCUGCUGUGCCUGGCCGAGCGGACGGUCAGCUUCCUGCGGCUGAACCCCCCAGAGGCUGAGGCGGGGUCGGCGGCCGGGUCCACGGGGUCGGCGGCCGGGUCGGGCCCUUCCUUGGUGCUGCAGCUGCUGAGCGUCCGGCGCUGCGGCCACUCGGAGAACUACUUCUUCCUGGAGGUGGGCCGCUCGGCUGCCACGGGACCCGGGGAGCUCUGGAUGCAGGUGGAGGACGCGGUGGAGGCCCAGAAGAUGCACGAGACCAUCCUGGAGGCCAUGAAGGCCCUCAGCGACGAGGUCCGCAUGCGCAGCAGCACCGCCAGCACCCCUGGCCCCAAGGCCUUGACCUCCAGCCCCAUCUCGGUGCCCCCCCGGACCUCCAAGGCCGGCCAGGGGUCUCCCUCCGUGGGUCCGAACGUCGCUCCGGCCCUUCUGACCCGGAAGCCCGGCUCCCUGAGCAGCGACUACAGCGCCGUCUCCUCGGACGAAGGGGGGUCCAGCCCUUGCGAGGCGCAGCCCCCCCGGACACCGGACCCCCUCGCAGGGGUGGACUACAUCGCCAUGGCCAAGCGGAGGGACACUCACGGCCAGUGGGGGGCGCGGUCCGAGAGCAACGCGCAGGACCCUCUUUCCGAUCUGGACUACAUCGCGAUGGGCAAGCCGGACGUCGGCAGCGGUCAGCGCUUGGUCAGGUCGGUGUCCGAGAACUGCAAGCGGAACCCGCUUUCCGAUUUGGACUACACCGCCAUGCGCAAAGCGGACGUUGGUAGUGGUCAGCGCUUCAAAGUCCAGUGGGCACAGUCGGGGUCAGAGCAUAACAUGCGCGACCCCCUUUCCGAGCUGGAUUAUAUCGCAAUGGCGAGACUGACCGCUUCCAACGGUCACCACAUGACUCGUUGGGCGUCAGGCAGCAAGCGGGCCUCUUUGCCCCCUUUGGCCUUUGAGAAGGGGACCCCCAACUUGCCCCGGCGCAACACGGCUCCGUCCGCCACGGCCUCGGCCAGCUACCCCGAAGGGCUCAACGUCUACGGCUACAUGGCCAUGCUGCCCGGAGGAGUGACCGCCGCCGAGGACUACGUCCCCAUGACCCCCGGGAGCCUCUCGCCAAUGCAGGAGAACAGUGGGGGCUACAUGGUGAUGACCCCCAAAGGGAGCUGCUCUCCGGACGGGACUGGACCGUGGGGCAAAGUGGCGGGGGGCGACUACGUCAACAUGUCCCCCUCGGGACCCCCGUUCUACUCCCUGCCGCGGUCCUACCGGCCGUGCCCCUUUGUCCCAAGCCGGUUCUCGGGGUCGUCGUCCACCAGCUCCGAGAGCCUGGACGGGGGGCCACUCGCCGGCCCCUUCACGGACCCCCCUCAAAAUGCCGGGGAGUACGUCAGCAUCGAGUACCCCGCCGGCAGCGUUGCGAGCUACGUCACGAUGGACCCCGAGAGCAAGGGUGGCCAUGGGAACCGUCCAAGGGGACCGUCUAGGUGGUCUCGAGGGGGCCCUGAAAGGAGCGGAGCCCCCCUGGCGCAGCCCUCGGACGAGGCCGGGAUGGACCUCAACUACAUCGACUUGGACCUGGUCAAGGAGGCGGUGGGCGCCGGCCCUGCGGAGGAGGAGGAGGAGGAGGCCGCCCCGGGGCACUUGCUGCUCCACGCCUACGCCAGCAUCGACUUCCACCGCUGUGGAGGAUUCCGGGGUAGCCGGGACACGAAAUCCCCGGAAAAGGAUUCUUGACUGUUCCAGAAGGAAGAAAAACUAUCCUGGGGGGAAAAAAACUGCCUUAUUUUCCCCUCUUUAUUUGCAUUCAGGCCAUUUUGCUGCUGCCUCUUUUCCUCCUUUGUGUUUAUUGGGGGGACCCUUUGUGCCUUUGCAGGAAGUGGGGUCUUGUUGCCCCCAAAUGCACCCCAAAACCUAUCCUUUGCACCAAAGAGAGGGCCCUUCGCAUACGCAUCUUGGAAUUUUGCGGGGUCCCUGAACCCCAAAAUUCCCACUCAUUAUAAUAACCCCAUUCUGGAUUUUGGGGUCCCUGAACCCCCCAAAAUUGCCCUCAUUUAAAAUACCACAAUUUUGGAUUUUGAGGGUCCCUGAACCCCAAAACUAUCAUUCAUUUUCCAUUCCGGAUUUGGGGGUCCCUGAACCUCCCAAAUUGCCACUCAUUAAAAUACCACAAUUUUUGAUUUUGGGGCUCCCUGAACCCCAAAACUAUCACUCAUAAUACUCCCAUUCUGGAUUUGGGGGAUCCCUGAACCCCAAAAAUACCACUCGUUAUAAUACCCCCCAAAUUGCCCUCAUUAAAAUACCACAAUUUUGGAUUUUGAGGGUCCCUGAACCCCAAAACUAUCAUUCAUUUUCCAUUCCGGAUUUGGGGGUCCCUGAAUCCCCCAAAUUCCCCUCAUUAAAAUACCACAAUUUUGGAUUUUGGGGCUCCCUGAACCCCAAAACUAUAACUCAUAAUACUCCCAUUCUGGAUUUGGGGGAUCCCUGAACCCCAAAAAACCACUCAUUUUAAUACCCCCCAAAUUAUCCUCAUUGAAAUACCACAAUUUUGGAUUUUGAGGGUCCCUGAACCCCAAAACUAUCAUUCAUUAUCCAUUCUGGAUUUGGGGGUCCCUGAACCUCCCAAAUUGCCCUCAUUAAAAUACCACAAUUUUGGAUUUUGGGGCUCCCUGAACCCCAUAACUAUCAUUCAUUUUCCAUUCCGGAUUUUGGGGUCCCUGAAACCCCCAAAUUGCCCUCAUUAAAAUACCACAAUUUUGGAUUUUGGGGCUCCCUGAAUCCCAACACUAUAACUCAUAAUACUCCCAUUCUGGAUUUGGGGGUUCCUGAACCCCCCAAAUUGCCCUCAUUAAAAUAUCACAAUUUUGGAUUUUGGGGCUCCCUGAACCCCAAAACUAUCACUCGUUAUAAUACCCCCAUUCCGGAUUUGGGGGUCCAAGAAACCCAAAAUUUCCACUCAUCAAAAUAACCUGCAUUUUGGAAUUUGGGGUCCCUGAACCCCAAAACUAUCAACUCACUAUACCAUUUUGGAUUUGGGGGGAUCCCUGUACCCCAAAAUUGCCACUUAUUAAAAUAACGCAGAUUUGCCCCAUUUUGCUGCUCUCAGCCCCAGUGUCCCCCCCCCCCCCUUAAUAAAAGCCUCACCUGCCUUGCAACUGGAUUUUGGGGUCACAGAAAGGGAUUUUGGGGUCCUUGAACCCUGAAAUUGUCACUAAUUAAAUUCCCAGUUUGCAGCUUUUGGCUCAAAUAGGACGAUUUGCAAAUUGUCUCAUUUCAGCUGCAAUAAAACCUUGCAGCUGGACUUUUUUUUUGGGGGGGGGUGUUAUUGAACCCCAAUAUUGUCCUUUAUAAAAAUAACCCAUUUUUAUUCUCAGACAGUUGCAAAUGCCUUUGUCCCACUUCAGCUCUAAUGACCCCCCCCCCCCCCAAAAAAAAAAGCUUUACAUGUCUUGCAAAUGGAUUUUGGGGGGUCCCUGAACCCCAAAAAUGACAUUAAUUGGAAACCUUAAGCCUCUUGCAAUUGGAUUUUGUAAUGAAAUAGAUGACUUUUUUGUCUCUUUUCAACCCUGUCCACUUAAAAUAAAAGCUUCACUUGCUUUGUGGCUGGAUUUGGGGGGGGGGGGGAUUUUGGGGGUCCCAGGAAGAGAUUUGGGGGUUCACCAGCUUUCUUAAUGAGGUUUUUGCAGAAGUCUCAUUUCAUCUCUCAUUUGUCUCCUCCCAAAAAUAAAACCUUUUGCAGAUGGAUUUUUUUUGGGGUGGGGGUGGGGGUCCCUGAACCCCAAAACUAGUCUCCUUAAUUCAAAACCAUUCACAGUUUAACCCUUUGCUGAAGUGCUCCCCGAAACCCACCCUCCUUUAUUUUUCUCUUUCUUGCACUUUGCACAGCCAACCCUUUGGGGAGACCCCUCCCCAAAUUAAAAAAAAAACAAAACCCUUUUUGCUUCUCUGAUAUUUGGAAAAUAAAAACAUUUUAAAAUACA